AUGAAUAUACUAAUUGAUGGAAAUGAUCACGCAAAAAUUGGGGAUUUUGGUCUUGCAACACGCGAAAUGGUUUCCAAGAAGUUGGCAGUCCUGAAUGAUUCGGAUGUGAACUCAUCGAUGACCAAAGACAUUGGCACCGCUCUCUACAUCGCACCCGAACUGCUUUCAACAACUGGUACCACAGCUGAUUAUACCACGAAGAUCGAUGUGUAUAGGUGCGUUUCAUACUUGAAAUACCUUUGA